AUGGGUAAAACCUGCAAAAUUGCAAGCUGCAACAAAAAUAAAACAAUUACAAAUCUUUUUAAAGUACCUAAGCACUCAUUAAACAAAGAUAAAUGGUUGUUAUUUUUAAAAUCAAACAACAUAAGUGUCGACGGAAGUGAAAUAUAUUUAUGUGACUCUCAUUUUAAAGAUGAUAUGAUUAUUAAAAGCAACUCAAGAGUAAGAUUAACUGACAAUGCAUAUCCUUCCAUAGAUCCAGAACAGCAACAUCCAGUAAAGCCAAAAAUUACUAUUAUUUCAAAUGAACGAGUUGAAACUUGAGCUUCAUUGUCGAUUGUUACAUUCAAAAAACAAAUUUGCAUCGAAGAAUUGAUUUUUGUUCAUAAAUAAAUUUAACGGUUUUUAAAAUUUCAAAAUAUUUUAUAAAAAA